AUGGACGGAGGUGAUUAUGCUGGAGGAAUUUCCACUCCUAUCGUUAUUGAUAAUGGAUCAGGUGUCAUUAAAGCUGGCUUUGGAGGAGAAGAAUUGCCACAAAAAGUCUUUAAUUCAUUUGUAGGAAGACCAAAACAUGAAAAGGUUAUGAUUACCACUAAUGAGCAAGAUGUUUACAUUGGAGAUGUUAUUGAAAAAUAUAAAGGAGUGCUGAAGCUUAACUAUCCAAUUGAGCAUGGAAUAAUCGUUGAUUGGAAAGAUAUGGAGAUGUUGUGGAGGCAUGUUUUCGAUGAACUAAAGGUUUCACCUAAGGAACAUCCAGUACUUUUGACUGAAGCACCACUCAAUCCAUAUAUGAAUAGAAUAAAGGCAGCAGAUUGCUUCUUUGAAACAUUCUAGACACCCAGUCUAUUUUUCCAAACACAAGCAGUGCUUAGUCUUUACGCUUAGGGUAAAACCUCUGGAGUGGUUGUAGAUUGUGGAGAUGGAGUAUGCCACUGUUCACCCGUGUAUGAAGGUUUCUCAAUUAAUAGUGCAGUUCAAAGGAUUGACUUAGGAGGUAGAGAUAUUACUGCUCAUCUGAUGAACUUAUUGAGAAGAGCAGGAUAUAUCUUCCACACAACAGCAGAGUUCGAGAUUGUGAAAAAAAUUAAGGAGAAGUACUGCUAUGUUGCUCCAAUGAAUUCCAGCAACGAUGAAUUCUUGAAAGUUCAAGAUGAUAGAACUCAAACUUCAUAUAUCCUACCAGAUGGCACUUAGAUGAAGAUCUCUUCUGAAAAAUAUAAAGCUCCAGAGAUUUUGUUCUCACCUGAUAAAAUCGGUCUUGAAUACCCAGGAGUUCACGAGAUGGUUAUUAAUGCUAUUAAAAAGUGCGAUAUUGAUCUUAGAAAGACAUUGUAUAACAAUAUUAUUGCUGCUGGUGGUACUACUCUGUUUAUGGGUUUCAGUGAUCGCUUACAUAAGAGUAUCUAGAAGCUCGCGCCAAAAGAUAUGAAAAUCACUCUUAUAGCCCCAAACAACAGAAAGAAUUCUUGCUGGAUUGGAGGUGCAACAGUCUCUUCACUCAAAGCUUUUAGUAGGAUGUGGGUAACAAAAAAGGAGUACGAAGAAGAGGGUGCGAGAGUUCUAUUAAGAUAGAGUGUUUGA